AUGUCUGGAUGGGAUGCUUAUAUCACUUCAAUGACCGGAGCCUCGGCCGCCAUCAAAAGAGCCGCCAUUUUGGGAACCGAUGGAUCGGUUUGGGCGAGAACUGAGAAUGGCGAAAAUGUUUUCAAGGUGAGAGCAUUUUCGGGGUUUUUCUUGUUAAAAUUCAUGAUUUCGGGGUUGAAAAUUGAAAAUUUUAGGGAAUUUCUAAGAUUUUUCAUUGAAAAGCCAACAAUUUUUUUUAAAGGGCUGAUUCACGAAGAAAAAAUGUUUUUUUUAACAUUGAAAGAUCAAUUCACGAAAAGUCAAAAAAUGUCGAAAAAACAUUAGUUUUUCGAGUUUUUCAGCCAAAAAUGAUACCAAAUCAAUAAUUUUUCAAGCUUCUGGAGUAAUUUUUGAUGAAAAUUGACCUUGGAAUUCAUUUUCCAGAAGGUUUUGCUGAUUUUUCGAAAAAUAAAAAAAUUUUAAAUUUUUAUGAAUUUCGAAAAAUCAGCAAAACCUUCUGGAAAAUGAAUUCCAAGGUCAAUUUUAAUCAGAAAUUACUCCAGAAGCUUGAAAAAUAUCGAUUUGUCAUCAUUUUUGGCUGAAAAACUCGAAAAACUAAUUUUGAUCUACAAUGUUUUUUCGACAUUUUUUGACUUUUCGUGAAUCAGUCCUUACAAUUAAGAGCUGAAAAUUUGAAAAAAUUCAAAAUCUUUAUGUUAAAAAUCUUGAAUUUUGAAGCUUCAAGACUCUAGAAUCCCUCUCUCUCUCUUUCUCAAAACCCAAAUUUAAUUUCAGGCCACCGAAUCGGAGCUCAAAGCCUUUGCCGCUCUUUUCGACGACAUUUCAAGUGUUCCAUCGAAAGGAGCCGAUAUCGAGAAUUUGCACUAUGUUGUUCCGAGAACCGAGGAGAAUUUGAUUUUUGGAAAACGCGACAAAACUGGAUUCUUUGCUGUCAAAACCAAGAGUGGUGAGUUUUUGGCCUGAAAUUGGUGGAAAAUCUGAAAAAUCAUCGAUUUUUUAAAAAAUUUUAUUUGAAAAAUCCAGUGGUCCGAAGAAACUUGGCAAAAUUUCACCCAAAAUCUGAAAAAUUUUCAAUCGAAAUUCUCUAAAUUUUCAAAUUUUCAGCCAUUCUCAUCGCAAUCUACGAGGGUCCAAACGAGAUUUCGGCGCAAGUUCGUCACGCCGUCGAAAAUGUUGGCGGAUAUCUCCUUCAAGCCGGUUAUUAA